CGCAUUUCCCGCCAAAAAUACGAGGAAUUGUUUAACAAAUUGUCUCGGCGAAUUAAGACAAGGAUGGAGCGCGAGGAAGUGGUGAUCGACGGCGACUCGACAGAUGACGACGAGGAGGUGACCAUCAUCACGCCCGAGUCACGCAAGCGGCGCCGCCGCUCCAACAUCAUGGUGGACCACGACGAGGAUGAAGGAGACGAAGCCGAGCAAAAAGAGAAGACAGAGAACCAGGUCUCGUCCAGUUCUUCCGCUCCACGACGUCAACAGCAGCUUCUACUGAGUGAAAAUGGUGUAUCCUCGCAGCCAAUGACGCUGCGCACACCGACGCCGACGCGUCGCUCACGUCGCAACAUGCAGCAGCUCUCGAUUACGGCUGCCGUUGCUCGUGGAGAGCGUGGACGCCGUCAACAGCAAGAAGGAGGCCAAGAAAACGCAGAAGACGAGGGAGAAUCGGAAGAUGAUGACGUCCGCAUUAUCCAGCCCCCGUCUGCUACUUCCGUAGGCAGCAGCGGGCGCAAGAACCGCCGUCCUGCGAUUCAGGACAGCGAUGAGGAAAUGGAGAAGGAUCAGAACGAGCCAAAAGAAAACUCAGAUGGCGAACAAGAGGUGGAAAUAGAAGUUGAAGGGUCUUCUGCAUCGAGACGGAGCUCCAGGAUUGAACACAAGCGCCAGGAGAAGGAGAAGCAGCAUGCUAGUGUACGCAAACUGGACUAUCCGGUGCUGGACAAUUGUCUCGACAGUUUACAGAGCUUGGGGCCGCAUUAUAAUGGAGGCGGUGAUGAUGACGAUGAUGAAUACAAAGAAUCCGAGCCGGAAGAGCAUUCUCCGCCACCGAAGAAGAGACGACGCUCAGUUCCUAGAGUUGGAGACCGGGACAACCGAGAGAAAGUCUACGCUGAUGCUGGCGAUGACGUGGACGAUUUUAUCUGUGGCGAUGAUGAGAUCGAGUACAUGAAUGAUGACGAGGAGGCUGUGAUCAGUGUCGAGUCGUCGGGUGACGAGAUGGCGGAGGAUGACCCUGAAGAGCUGAGGGCGAUGCUGGAUGCAGGACGCUCGCGCGAAGUUAGCGAGUGGUUUGCGAUAUAUAUGGAGUAUCUGGAGGAGUGUAUCAUUGACCCAGAGUUUGAAACCACGAUGCGUCGCAAGAGUUCCAAGACGAAGUACCAACUAUACCAAAAAGCAGUCAAUCAUAUUGAACGCAAACUGUGUUCGUGCCGUGAUACUGUACGCUCCGGUGUGGCGUGGCCAGAUGACAUGGUGGAUGCUUUGAAUCAUGCAUCGUUGUACCGCUCAAGUCACGUCUCCGCUGAACAAGAUUGCGAAGCCUGCAACCGUCGCCAGCAUGUGGCUACUUACCACGUUGACCUGGCUGGAUAUGCUUGUGAUGCUACGAAGCUUUAUGGUCACAACUGGAUGGGCCAUCUGAAGGAGGCAGUGAAGGAAGCAGCUCCCGUCCAAAUUUCUUUUGAAAUGGGAAGCGUGUGUCAUGCGCGGACAUUGGCGUAUUGGCAAAUGCUGCAUGCCAAGCAAUUUUGGUGCAUCAUCAUUGAUGCGAAGCGAAAGAAGUGUGCUGAUAGCAGUGGGCGGAUUGCUGGGCAGUAUCGAGAGGAGUUCUUUAAGAAGGAGUUUGGUCGGUUCAAGAGACUAGUGGGUCUGGUGGAAAAAUUUGCUGAGGACUCGAAACGGAUCGCCCAUUACAUGCCGAACGAGUGGAAGAGAAUCACACGACGCAACGUCACAAGUGAUUUCCUCCCGCUUGCGUCUCGUGCAUCCUAUAGGAAUUCAGAGUCUCGACGUGGUACGCUGGAUGCGUUCGUUGGCGAGAGUGAAGAAGAGGAGACUGAGGAUGAAGAAGAAGUGAUGGAAAAGACGGAGCAGGAAAAGCGCGCUGCAACAGUCGUAGACAACGACGACGAUCAAGCCACGGAUGAUGAGGAAGAGGCAAAGGACUUGGAGAUAAUCUCGCCACGCCGAACACCUCGCUCGGAAAGCACGAAGGAGCAGAAACUCCAGUUGACAAGUAAUGAAGAACAAAAGCAAGAAGAACCACAAGUCAAGGAUGAGAAGGCUGUGCCCGAGAAGGACAUCGACGACCUGAUGUGUUUGGUAUGUGACGCUAGCCCGCGCAACGCCGGUAUCGUCCACGGGUUAUACCUGCACGUGUACUGCUGCUAUGCCUGUGCGAAGCGCCAACACCGAAUGAAAUGUGGCUGCAUGGUAUGCAACCGGCCAAUCGAUCGAGUGCUUCGGUUGCUCCCGCUAACGUUGGAUGCACGAAAAGCUAUUCGGAACCAGCAGAAGAAUUUUAGGUGAUAUAGGUGAGAAGCUGAAGUAAAAUAUGACAAGCCGAGUGUGUAUUUGAAUAGCUAUGUGCUGGCUGGCUGGACUCCAUCAGAGCUCUGGUCUGGUUCUUUGCUAUAGUCGAAAAGAUAAAGUACCUGGUUUCGACCUGCAAAAGGUAGGAACUCCCU